AUGACACAAGAGUUCGACUUCAUAGUCGUCGGUGGCGGCACAGCGGGGUGCCUUCUCGCCUCCCGCCUCGCAAACACGGCAUCGAAGCCCAGUGUUGCGUUGUUAGAAGGUGGCGGUGACAUCAGCAAACCCGAGUAUAGGCGUACGGCUGAAAGAUUCAGCACCAUUGCACAGCCGGGUCUUGACUACGGCUAUGCCUCGACGCCGCAGGAGCAUGCGAAAAAUCGCGAGGUGCCGCAGGCUCGUGGCAAGGGUCUAGGAGGGUCGAGUGCUACCAACUUCCAGGUUUGGUCACUUGGCGCGCGCGCGGAGUUCGAUGCCUGGGCUGCGGCUGCAGGUGAUGAUGCUUGGGGAUUUGAAUCCGUCAUUGAGAGGGUUAGGAAGCUGGAAAACCUCCACCUUGAUGAUCUUUCGAAGGAGUGGGCUGAAUAUGUGAAGCCCGAUCCGAAGUAUCACGGUUUCUCUGGGCCCAUCGACGUCUCCAUCGGACACGUGGAACGAGAAACAAAGUCCUUUAUCGACGCUGGAGUUGAUCUCGGGCACAAGCGCAACCUUGACCCCAACGAUGGUGACCCAAUUGGUUUCUCGCUGAACUCGACAACUAGUCUGAAUGGUGUCCGAGUAACCGGUGCAUCUGCAUUUCUCGAGAAGAUUGUUCCAGCAAAUUUGACCGUUCUGACCGAGAGUCGUGUGGUCAAAAUCAUCUUUCAGAAGGAUCGUGCUGUGGGUGUUCUGAAGGAAGAUGGUUCGCAGGUUCGAGCGAAGAACGAAGUCAUUCUAUCAGCCGGUGCCCUUGACAGUCCCCGUCUACUGCUACUUUCAGGUAUCAGACCUCAAGCAGACCUGGGUGCCCUCGGAAUCCCCGUAGUCAAGAACCUCAAUGGUGUGGGGAAGUCCUUUACAGACCACCCCAUGAUUGUGACUUGCUUUCAGAUGAAGUCCGGCUUCACUGAUAGGGUGGGGCUCUCUGACCCAAGCAAGUACGAGGAGGCCGUGAAGCAACUCGCAGAAAGUGGGAACGGACCGCUUUUGGGACAUUUCUCGUCUGUUCCGCAUGCUUUCCUCAAGAAUGAUCGGGCUUAUGAGUCGCCUGAAUUCAAGAAACUCCCCGCUGAUGUGAAAGGCUAUCUGCUCGAGGAAGGUGUCCCUAGCUAUGAGCUUGUCAUUGGACCUUUGAUUCCUCCUGAUCAUGUCUUCGAAAAGUCUAGCGACGGGUUCUUUUCGGUAUUCGUUGCAAACAUGAACUCUGUCUCUCGAGGAACAAUCAAAUUGGCUUCAGCCGACCCCGCGGACCCCCCUCUGAUUGACCCGAAGUAUCUCAGCAACCCUUUCGAUUUGGUAAACCUGCGAGAAGCGCUAAGAGAAGGACUCAAUCUCCUCAAGACCAGCACGAUGAAAGACCAUUUCGUCAGGCCGAUAUUUGCACCAAAGUCGGAGAGCGACAAGGAUAUUGAUGACUUCAUCCAAGAGAACGUGGCGGGACUAUGGCAUCCAUCUUGCAGCGUGAAGAUGGGUAAGAGCGAGCGAGAUGGCAGCUGUGUCAACGGAGACCUUCGAGUUCACGGCUUGAACGGCUUGCGGGUUGCGGAUUUAAGUGUGACAACUAUACUGCCCAGUGGUCGUAAGUUUGCUACAAGCUCACCUUUUACGUCGCAUCCUCAGAUCGUCGCCUAUGUUAUUGGGCAACUGGCCGCAGAAAAAAUUGCGCGAGACUACGGGUUGGAUACCAAGAGGAAAGAGAAGAUCUAA